AUGGCCAACAACACUCGCCUUCAGACUCGUCGCAUCGGCGUCACACGCAAGAAUGCAGAUGAAAAUGCCACCAGCAAGCACUCCCGUCAGACGUCUGCCCAGGGAGUUGCAACUCGCGCUUCUGUCGUCCUAAAUGGCCUAAAGAAUGGUCCACAACGCCCAGCGCUUGGUGAGGUCACCACCACCGCGAUCAACCGCAAGGACGUUGCUGGUAAAGGCAAGGAUGCUGUGAAAGAUGACGCGGGGCUCAAGCGUACACGGUCGUCGUCGCUAGCAGCUGCCACCGGUCCACAACGCGUCCCUCUCGGGCCAGGUCGCACGGACAGCGUCGCACAACGCCCUACUUCACGUGCAUCACGGACAUCCGUAUUCAAACGCGCAUCGCGGCAAGAACCCGCUGUACAAGUAGUCAUUCCAGCUGAAGAAGAGAAGGAGAACGACAUGGACGUGGAAGAUAUCGAGGAGGACCCUGAGCUCAGCAUCAUAAACGAGAAGGAGGUAGAUGAGAUGGUAGGUGUACAGGAACAAGUUGCUCCAGAACAAGAGGAGAAAUCAUCCAUUGCGGUUGCGAAGUCGCCCCGUAUAUGGCCCGACGUGGAUACAGAGCGUGCCAUGAGACAUUAUCGGGAGAUCGUAGAGAUCCAGGAGACGUUUGAAGAUGAGGUUGACUAUCUCGACACGACGAUGGUCUCGGAGUACUCGGAGGAAAUUUUUAAAUACAUGAACGACCUCGAAGAUGAUGUGAUGCCGAAUCCUGAUUAUAUGGAUGGUCAGAACGAAAUCACCUGGGCAAUGCGCCAAACACUGGUCGACUGGCUCCUCCAAGUGCACCUGCGCUGGCACAUGUUACCGGAGACGCUUUGGAUCGCGAUAAAUAUCGUCGAUCGUUUCCUCACAAGACGUGUCGUGUCCCUAGUCAAGCUUCAGCUUGUCGGCGUUACUGCUAUGUUCAUCGCCGCCAAGUACGAAGAAAUCCUCGCACCCAGCGUCGACGAGUUCGUCUUCAUUACCGAGAACGGCUAUACGAAGGAGGAGAUCCUCAAAGGCGAGCGCAUCGUGCUGCAGACGCUCGACUUCAAGGUCUCGCAAUACUGCUCACCCUACAGCUGGAUGCGUCGUAUCAGCAAGGCCGAUAACUAUGAUAUCCAAACGAGGACGCUCGGCAAAUUCUUGACGGAGGUGACGCUCCUAGAUCACAGAUUCUUGCGGUGUAAGCCGAGUCUCAUUGCUGCAGUGGGGAUGUACAGUGCUAGGAGGAUGUUGGGGGGCGACUGGAAUGAGUCGUUUGUGUUCCACUCAAGCUUCGUCGCGGAGCACCUCGAGCCCGGACACCAAUGGAUAUGCGAGAAGCUACUUGAAGACAACUUCGCGAGCCAGUAUGUCUGCCAGAAAUACGCCAACAAGAAGUUUCUGAAGGCGUCACUGUUUGCAAUCGAGUGGGCGAAGUCGAACGUGGACGAAGCCUAG